AUGUCGAACAUGUAUCAGGAUCCCAAGGCUGCUCGCAAUGAACACGUCGAGGAGAAGGGCACCACCCACGCCGAGCAAGUGGAUAUGCAGCAGAAUCUUGAAGCCAGAAUCCGUAAUCCGUUGCAGGGCAUUCCUCCAUAUCAGCUGAUGCAGGAUGUGGAGAAGUUUGCGCAAGAAAAAGGCCUUCAAGAGUACGUUGCGCUCUUGAAGAAAGGUGCAUUGGUUGCCCAGGACCCUACCAGCAUUCGCAAUAUAGACGGCCCUGAGAGGCUCUCCCCCGAAGAGCUCGAGGUCCUCGAGGACGAAGUUACUCACAAGUGGCGUAUGCCCCUGAAACUCUUCUUGACCAUCUUCACUUGCUCCAUUGGUGCCGCUGUUCAGGGAUGGGACCAGACGGGCAGCAAUGGGGCAACCAUCUUCUUUCCCAAGUACUACGGCAUCGGGGGUACUACUGAUCGAGAGACGAUCAUUGUGGGCUUGAUCAACGCCGGCCCCUACAUCGGCUCCGCUCUCAUUGGCUGCUGGUUAUCUGACCCAUUGAACAACUGGUUUGGACGAAGAGGCACUAUUUUCUUCUCUGCCAACUUCUGCAUCUGGCCUGUCAUUGGAUCUGCCCUUUGCCACACAUGGCAGGAACAGCUGGCAUGCCGUAUUCUUAUGGGUAUCGGAAUGGGCGCAAAGGCAUCAACAGUUCCCAUCUACGCAGCCGAAAACUCUCCGGCUUCCAUCAGAGGUGCUUUAGUCAUGUCCUGGCAAAUGUGGACCGCUUUUGGCAUCAUGCUGGGAACUGCCGUCAACUUGGCCGUCUACAAGGUCGCGGGUCCCUUGAACUGGCGUCUCAUGCUCGGCGCUCCCUUUAUCCCUGCCGUGCCUCUCCUGGCCCUGAUCUAUCUCUGCCCGGAAUCUCCCAGGUGGUACAUGAAGAAGGGUCGUUUCCAGGAAGCCUGGAAAUCCAUGUCUGUGCUACGACGAAAUCCUAUCCAGGUCGCUCGAGACAUGUACUACAUCAGCGCGCAGCUCGAGGUUGAGAAGGAGGUCAUUGGCAACACCAACUACGUUACCCGUUUCAGUCAGCUGUUUACUGUCCCUCGUAUCCGCCGGGCAAAUCUGGCCGCGUUUACCGUCAUGAUUGCUCAACAAAUGUGUGGAAUCAACAUCAUCGCCUUUUACUCCACCUCGAUAUUCGAGCAGGCAUUCCGCAACGACCCUAAUCCUCAGUUCAAGGCCAUGAUUGGAUCGUUUGGCUUCGGCUUGGUCAACUGGCUGUUUGCCUUCCCCGCCUUCUUCACCAUUGAUACUUUCGGCCGCCGCAGCUUGCUUCUGUUUACUUUCCCUCAAAUGUUCUGGACCCUCCUGGCUGCUGGUCUUUGCACCCUCAUCGACUCGGAAGGAUCCAUGGCGGAAGCUCGCACUGGUCUUGUGUGCUUGUUCGUCUUCCUCUUUGGCGCCUUCUACUCUCCAGGCGAAGGGCCGGUUCCGUUCACAUACAGUGCGGAAGUGUACCCUCUGUCUCAUCGCGAGACCGGCAUGGGCUUUGCCGUCGCUACUUGCCUCUUUUGGGCCUCGGUAUUGGGCAUCACGUUCCCGUUCCUUCUCAACCGCCUCCAGACCAUUGGUGCAUUCUCGUUGUACGCGGGCUUCAACGUUGCCGCCUUCGUCAUGAUAUUCUUCUGGGUGCCCGAGACGAUGCAGCGUACUCUGGAGGAACUAGACUGGGUAUUUGCCGUUCCCACGAGGAAAUUCGCCAAGUACCAGCUUACCGUGGCGUUACCCUGGUGGUUCAAGAAAUACAUUUUUUUCCAGCGCAAUGCCACCAAGGAGCCGCUGUAUCAUUUUGAGAAAGUUGCCGGGACUUUUGGGAAGGAUUUAGUUGUUGGUUAG